AUGUUUAGACAAAUUAUUUCCAGAAGAUUCUUAUCAGUUACUCCAAGAAGAUCUAACUUAGUAUCUGACUUAUACAUUCAACAAAUCAAAUCAUUCAAACCAACUCCAUUAUCAGCUCAAGAAGUUGAAUCUUCCGUUAAACAAUUUCAAAUCCCAGCUCAACCAACUAUCCCAACUGAAGAAAUUAACAGUGAUUUAUUAAAAGAAUACGAAUCAAGCGAAGUUGAAACUGCUGCUGCCGAAUCCAAAGCUGAAACUCACAUCCCAGAAGAAGAAUGGUUUGUUUUCCCAGAAGCUGAUGAAGAACAUCAUUAA